UUUUCCCCCAAUGGUUGCCUCUGACAUGGAGCAUUUCUCUCGGAGUGGUGAACCUGCCUUACAGAUGAGAACCUACCGUACAUGUCUGUAACCAGCAGAUGAGAUCAGCUGGAGCAAUAAAGGAGCUAAGAGGUGAAUAAAAAGGAUAACCAAGUACAUUAACAGGUUGCACAUCAAAUGGAUAACCAACAGUGCAUCUCCCGUCCAGGCAGAGAAAAAGCAGUUUGAAUAAUUUGUGGAGUGUGUUUUUAAGUUAUUCCAGCUCCCUUCAGCACAGCAGCGCCUGACCCUUCUCCCCUUCUGUCUGCUAAGAGGCCUACGGGGAGGAAUCAGACCAAAUUACCUUUAUUGAUCCAGAGAGACAGCUUCUUCCUCAUCAUCGCUUUCUUCAUCACUGGAGUCUUCAUAUGGACAGAUGGUGGCUUGGACCGGGUAGUUUCUCAGGAGCGUCUCUGCAUCCCGGUUUUUAUAAUCGGUUCGAUAUGUCCGACUUCCAUAACCGAAGCCAGGUCAGCGCACGACGCAGCGACUAUAUCUGGCAGUAUGAGUAUUACGACGACGAGGAACCCGUGUCUUUUGAUGGGCUUAAAGCGCACAGAUACUCCAUCGUCAUUGGCUUCUGGGUGGGAUUGGCAGUUUUCGUCAUUUUCAUGUUCUUCGUUCUCACACUGCUCACAAAGACUGGAGGACCACAUCAGGAAAACCCAGACUCGGUUGAAAAGCAUCAGCGACCAGAGGGACGGCUGGUAGAGUUUAAUGGCCACCAGGAGGAGAACGACAAAGCUUUCUCCCGCCCACUGUUGGAAGGCUCACGUUCAUAUUUUAAUUUCUACAUCAGUGAGGAAGACCAAGCCCAGGAGAAACAGAAACCAGAAGACAAAAAGAGAUCUACAAAAGUUAUAGCUGGAAGACAUUUGUGCUCCUCUGAGAUAGAUGAGAUGGAUGAGGACAAUGAAGAAAGUGGAGGACACCAACCUCUGAAUGGUUUAACUGAGAAUAGUAUGACAGACAGAGAGUGUGCUUUCAUGUCUCACUUUAACAUCCCAAACUUUGUGAACUUGGAUCAAAGCUCCACACUUGGAGAGGACGAUCUGCUCUAUGAGCCGUCCGUUGUCCUGGAGCGUCAGUCACAAGCUUACAAUGCUCAUCGGGACACCCACUAAGACAGAUAGAUGCAGCGGUCUUCUAAAACAAUUUGGUUUGCAUCCGACGGUUAGAUGGAACAGAGGGAAACGUGCACCUGCUACUCCUCUCUUUCUGCAAAAGGUUUAAAAUGACUUUUUAAUGUUUUCUUAAAAAUACAGGCAUUGGAUUUAGAUUUACAAGAAAGAGAGUGGAAAGCAUAGUCUGCAAAAGUAAACUCAGAGUAACAAGAUGAGUUUUCCUUCAGAAGAGAAGAUUGUUUCGUAAAUAAUACCUGUUAUUUCAAGUACUGUGAGUCUGAAUUGGAUCCAGCUGGGCUGCUUUUGGAUUCGCACAGAAAAAGAGAAUAAUGAAAGACAAGAGGGGGUCACUAGGAAAGAAUGCACUGGGGAAAUUAUUCUGCUAUUCUUGCUGUUUUUGGUACACUCUAAGAUUGUGAACAAAGGUUCCUAUCUGUGGGUGAGAAACAGAGACAAGGUGGUUGACCAGCAUAGAGAAACAAUAAAAUAAAUGGAUAUUGUUGUUAAGUCAAACCAUAACAAAAGUGAAAUGUAUACCAACUGUAUGUUUUAAAUAAAGGAAUAUAAAUAAAAA